AUGGUGAAACUAAUAGUUAACGAAAAGUCAUAUGGCGAAAUAACAUUAGAUAGUCAAACUCUUUCUGAAGCCUAUGAUCAAAUAAUAAAACUCGACUCCGAUGAUCCUAGAUAUAAGUUUUUCUUUAUUUUCAAUGAUGAAGAAGUUGGUAAGAUAAAACUUGGCCCGAGAGACAAAUUGCUUAACUCCGAUAUGAAAAUAUCUGAUAUCAUUAGCAAUGAAAGUGAACUAUAUGUGGAGCGAGAAUUAUUAAUUACAAUAUACGACGGAAAAAGGAUUAAAAAAUUUGUCUCUAUUAACAAACUUAACAGUAACUUGUCUGACAUUCGUAAUGAGUUAAUUGGAAAAAAAUUUAUAUCUCCGAAUUUUAUUUUUUUAAGAGAAGAUUCGAAAAAAGAGAAUCUUCAAGAAGUUCAUUUAGAAUUUGAAAAGUCUGUUACAUUAGAAGACAUUCUUAAAAAUGGUGUGAUGCGUGUUUUGUCUGACAAACCAUCCAUGUUCUAUGAAAUUGACUACGUGAAACAAAAUAUUGAUAUUUAUAAAUUGGAUUACGGAUUAAGCUUUACCAGAGAAGGUGUGAAACUUGGAAACCACCAAUCAUUUGACUUUAUUCAACCUAUUAAGUUUUCAAUACCGAAUAAUUCUGAUAGUUUCGUGGCGGAACUUUUAGUUACUGAAAGAAUAAAUGAUUUUUUCAUUAUUAAGAAUCAAGUUGAUGUAUCCCGUGUAGAAGAUUUGCCAUCAGAAUUACAAACAUUACUGACCAAUAUUUAA